AAGGAAGAGGCGGAGCCAUUAGAGCGCUAACCAGACAGACGAAGAUGGCGGACGUAGAUGGUUCAGCAAAGAAGAAGAAGAAAGGCAAGAAAACGGUGGAGGAUGUCGGGGAAAUCCAGCAGAGCGGCGACUUCCUUAUCCAGCCCGAAAGCAAAGUGCCCACAUUGGACACGUCCCAGUGGCCUCUUCUGCUCAAGAACUUCGACAAGCUGAACGUGCGCACGGCCCACUACACGCCGAUCCCCAGCGGGAGCAACCCGCUCAAGAGGAACAUCCAGGAUUACAUCAAGUCGGGUUUCAUCAACCUGGACAAGCCGGCCAACCCUUCUUCUCACGAGGUGGUGGCGUGGAUCCGCCGCAUCCUGCGCGUGGAGAAGACGGGCCACAGCGGCACCUUGGACCCCAAAGUCACCGGCUGCCUCAUCGUGUGCGUGGACCGAGCCACGCGAUUGGUCAAAUCCCAGCAAAGCGCAGGGAAAGAGUAUGUGGGGAUCGUUCGGCUGCACAACGCCAUCGAAAGCGAGCACGCGCUGGCCAGAGCGAUGGAGACGCUGACGGGCGCCCUGUUCCAGCGGCCGCCGCUCAUUGCCGCCGUCAAGCGCCAGCUGCGGGUGCGGACCAUCUACGAGAGCAAACUGGUGGAGUACGACGCCGAAAGGCGGCUCGGAAUCUUCUGGGUGAGCUGCGAGGCGGGGACCUACAUCAGGACGCUGUGCGUCCACCUGGGCCUGCUGCUGGGCGUCGGGGGCCAGAUGCAGGAGCUGCGCAGGGUCCGCUCCGGAGUCAUGGGAGAGAAGGACAACCUGGUGACCAUGCACGACAUCCUGGACGCGCAGUGGCAGUUUGACCACAACAAAGACGAGUCGUACCUGCGGCGCGUCAUCUUUCCGCUGGAGAAGCUCCUGGUGUCGCACAAGCGGCUGGUGAUGAAGGACAGCGCCGUCAACGCCAUCUGCUACGGCGCCAAGAUCAUGUUGCCCGGCGUCCUCCGCUACGAGGACGGCAUCGAAAUCAACCAGGACAUCGUGGUCAUCACCACCAAGGGGGAAGCCAUUUGCACAGCUGUGGCCCUGAUGACAACGGCGGUCAUCUCCACGUGCGACCACGGCGUGGUGGCCAAGAUCAAGCGCGUCAUCAUGGAGCGAGACACCUACCCGCGCAAGUGGGGGCUCGGGCCCAAGGCCAGUCAGAAGAAGAUGAUGAUCCAGAAAGGACUUCUGGACAAGCACGGAAAGCCCAACGGAAGCACGCCCGACGCGUGGAGGGCCGACUACGUGGACUACAGUGCCAGCGCUGCCGCAAAAGAGUCAGAAGCACCCAGCGCGCCAACGAAGAGGAAGAGGGAGACGGCGGACAGCGAAGCGGAAGUCGCGCCGGCCACCGAGGAGAUGCCCAAAGAGAAGAAAAAGAAGAAAAAAGAGAAGCGCGCCAAGACGGUCGACGCCGAAACGGAGGAUGGAACGACGGCGGAGCCCGUCGAGUCACAAGUAGAGCUUGAAAGUGGCAAAAAGAAGAAAAAGAAGAAGAAAGCCAAAGAAGACGACGAAGCUUCUGAGUGACGCUCGCAACCUCCGCCCAUUGUCAAACGGCCUUUUUUUUUUUUUUUUUUUUUACAUACCUUAUGUUUGACUUUGUAAAUACUCUUUUUGAAAAUACAACUGUUCAAGUUUGUGACAUUUUAGAAGACUCUAAAAUGAAGAGUUGAUGCCAUGUAUCAAAUAUUUCCACAAAUAAAAACAAAAAACUCUUACCUACAA